ACACGCCUCCUACCAAAAUCACAGCCCCGCGUGGAGCCCGAGCUCUCAUUCACAGCUUUCUAGAGAAAUCUGAGCCCGAACCUGCCAGCAUAGGGGAUCUCGCCCACCCAGUUCAGCAGCGCGGACACCUGCAGAAACACAUUCCCAAAGCAAGGCUGGGCGGCCGCGUGAAGUAAGCAAUGGCCUCAGUUUUGCUUCUCUUUCGGAUGGCCACCACCACAUAGGGCCUGGAUGUGAAAGAAGACCCCAUAUUUGUCUGUUCCAGCAGCAGUUUGGUAGUAAAACAACUGUCGAAUGGGCCACGGUUUCAGCAGACCAUCAGGUGAAUGGGACGAGUCUCUCUUCUUCCAAGAUACCAGAAAUUAAGCACUUGGAAAGGAGAUUUGGCCAAGAUGACCCAUUUACAGGCUGGACUCAGUCCAGAGACUAUAGAGAAAGCACGCCUGGAACUGAAUGAAAACCCAGACGUUUUACAUCAGGAUAUUCAGCAAGUCCGGGACAUGAUCAUCACCAGGCCUGACAUUGGAUUUUUACGUACAGAUGAUGCCUUCAUCCUGAGAUUUCUUCGAGCCAGGAAGUUUCACCAAGUGGAUGCCUUUAGACUCCUGGCCCAGUACUUCCAGUACCGCCAGCUAAACCUGGACAUGUUCAAAAACUUCAAGGCGGAUGAUCCUGGCAUUAAGAGGGCUCUGAUCGAUGGGUUCCCUGGGGUGCUGGAAAACCGUGACCACUACGGCAGGAAGAUUCUUCUGCUGUUUGCAGCCAAUUGGGAUCAGAGUAGGAACUCCUUCACAGACAUCCUCCGUGCCAUAUUGCUGUCAUUGGAAGUCCUUAUUGAAGACCCAGAGCUUCAGAUAAAUGGCUUCAUUUUAAUUAUAGACUGGAGUAAUUUUUCCUUCAAACAAGCCUCCAAACUGACACCUUCAAUACUUAAACUGGCCAUCGAAGGGCUGCAGGACAGCUUUCCUGCCCGCUUUGGAGGAGUCCACUUUGUCAACCAGCCCUGGUACAUUCAUGCCCUGUACACGCUUAUCAAGCCAUUCCUUAAAGAUAAGACCAGGAAACGGAUUUUCUUGCAUGGAAACAAUUUAAACAGCCUUCACCAGCUAAUACACCCUGAAUUUUUGCCCUCUGAAUUUGGAGGAACCCUUCCUCCCUAUGACAUGGGAACUUGGGCCCGGACGUUACUUGGUCCUGACUACAGUGAUGAAAAUGACUAUACUCACACCUCCUAUAAUGCAAUGCAUGUGAAACAUACGUCCUCCAAUCUGGAGAGAGAAUGCUCACCCAAGCCGAUGAAAAGAUCUCAGUCUGUGGUAGAAGCUGGGACCCUGAAACAUGAGGAGAAGGGAGAGAACGACAACACUCAGCCACUGCUGGCUCUGGACUGAACCCUGAGUCACCCCAACGCUCCUGCACACCGGCCUUCAGUGGUAUCAGCCACCCAGGAAGCACAUGUGCAACUGACCCACACAGACACGUGUGUUCCACUUGACACGAGAUCCUCCACACCUGAUCCCAGCAAUGACUGUCAUCAGCCAUCGGUCUGAGCAGCCAGAGUGGGACAAAGACUUGAGAGAUACUUUGUUUUUCAGUGAGGGGACUGGAGGAUGAUGCAAGGCAUUUAUGUAAAAAAGAUUCUCCCUCCCUCCAUAUUUAUGGUAUUAAAUGAACUGAAAAAAAUGAAAAACUAAAUUUGAUGCACCCACUGCAUUAGGACAAGGAUUUUUCUGAGGUCACACACAAGGACCCUCUUCAGUUUUUGAAAAUUAAGAUUAAAUACAUUUCCAAGUAAACACAUCAGAGUUAAACUGUGCAGACACAAUUGUCAAGUUUAAUGUAGUGCAAAGCCCUGAGACAAUAGUAUCUCCAGUAAUAUCCAUUCUUAUUGAAUUAUUUUCUUUGACCUCAUCACCAGCAUCAAAUUGUUCAGCCUAAGAGCAUGUUCUCAUAGGCCUGGCUAUUUGCAGAAUUUUCUUAUUUUGAUAUCCUGCAAAAAAUGAUUUUGACAUCACAUCUUGUGCGAGGCCAUCAGCUGACUAUCAUGACCUUAAAAGAAGACACAUGCAAUUUGAAAUAUGAUUAGGCCAUCUUAGCAACACGAGUUCCCACAGGCAGCCUGAGAACCCAUUAGUACAGUGUGUGUCUGCAGAGCAGAGACAUCUCACUGAAAACACAUGUCAGUGAAUAAUGACUCCAUUUAAGUUGCCUCACUUGGGUCACUACAGCAAAGGAAAGUGCCAUCGAACCUCUUAACACUCCCUGUCCACCCCACCCCCCUUGAAACUAUUACAGGUAUAGAGAAAGAGCAUUGCUGUUGGUGAGACAGUAAACACUCAAUCAUGGGGGAAGACCCAAAAGGAUGACUAGAUAUGCAAGUACUGCAAUAAGAGAAGACUAGAAAUGCAGGAUGAAAUGCCAAAGAUAAUUUUAUUUCUUUAUCUAUUCUCCUUAGAAAUGGAGUCCCCAACUAGGAAAUCAGAUAUAAAAUAAACAGAUAUCAAAGGAUAUGAUACCAUUAUUGGACCACGUUUCCCAAGACCAGUGCAUAUUUUUAGAUGUCUCUUAUUUACCCAGCCAUGUGCAUGACAUGGCCAUUUAUAAGUAUGACCAGUUGGUGCUCAAUGUCAAAUAAAAAAUAUUUUAGUUGAUAAUGGCCAGUAAAAUAUGACUUUACAUUUCAAGUAUUUGGGAGGGUUAAUUUGUUAGCUGAAUUAUUCAAAGGAAAGAGGUGAUUCAUCUGGCCGUAAUCACCCCCAAUACAUAUUAUUACUAGUCUUAACCAUUUAUUAUAUCUCUUUCUCAAUGGAUCUAAUGUUUUAAUUUUUUUUCCUACUGGUAGAGAAUAAUAAUAGAAGUAAUUUUUAUAUUAUACCCUUGGAGAAAUAAAGUUGAAACAGAAUUAAAAAUAUUUCUAAAAGAAUUGCAUCUCAGUAUAAAUAAAACCAAUUCAUUUUGUGUAGGCAUUUCAAAUCACAAAAUAAUAACACUGAAAUAAUUCUGCCAAUGCAGUGACUGAAACACUUUUCUUAUGGACUAAGACAUAGGUAAGAGAAAUGAAAAAUUAAAGAGAACUAGAAAAUCCAUUUUAUUGCUUGGGUUUAUAAAAUAGUUGUGGGAUCCAAGUAUUUACAAAUGCUAUUGGAGUCAAUUAUUGCCAACACUUUGCAACAGUAAUAAUAACUUCUAGCUUUCCAAUUGGCAAUAUUUAGAAUCCUACUGUAGUGGCCCGAUUUUAAAUACCAUAUUAUAUUUACUAAGAGCUAGUUUUUACUGUAUUCCAUAAUUUCAUUACAUGAAUGUAAGAUGAUGGUUCAACAAUGACAACUUAUAGUAUGAAUUUCUUUAUGUAUAUGCAAUAUACAUAUAAGAACCAAAUUCAGUAAGUGACACAAAUGUUCCUACAUGAGCAUUGAAUUGUAUUGCCCUCUGUCAGUCAUUUUCUCUGUUCAAUAAAUACUGAAGGACAUAAUAACUUUUU